AUGGCAGCCACGCAGAAGAACACGCUCGAGCUCGACAAGGCCAAGGCGCUCAACCACGUGCCCUGGUGCGAAGAGUACGAGAAGAUGAUCUCAGGUAUGCUCUACGCCUCCUUCUCGCCCGAGCUCGAGCAAGCGCGGUACAAAGCGCGCGCCUUCGCGCACAGAUUCAACACGUGGUUCCCAGACGCCUCGACGGACCCAUCCAGAGGUUUCCAGGUGCUGGCCGCAGAGCGCUUGAAGCUGCUGCAAGGGAUCAUGGGCCGUCUGGGCGACGACGAGGUCUUCAUCGAGCCGCCCUUGAACAUCGACUACGGCUGCAAUAUCUCGCUUGGCAGGCGCUUCUAUGCAAACUUCAACCUCACCAUCCUCGACUGCAGUCUCGUGACCAUUGGGGAUCGCUGCAUGUUCGGGCCUAACGUGAGUAUCUUUGCGGCUACGCACGAGAGCGAGGUGCGGAGCAGGAGGGAGAAUAUCGAGUACGGGAGGCCUGUGGUGGUAGGGGACGACUGCUGGAUCGGGGGGAAUGUUGUCAUACUACCAGGUGUGACGAUCGGGAGGGGGUGCACCAUUGGGGCCAUGAGCGUGGUGUCGAGGGACAUUCCUGAGUUCAGUGUUGCGAUGGGGCAGCCCGCGAAGGUGGUCAAGAAGGUCACACCUGUGCCUGAGGAGUAUGUCGAAGCGGAGUAG